AAUUCCAAAAGCUAAAAAAUGUGCUCCAUCUUCUUCUUCUUCUAACAUAUAGGAGUCGUUCCCCGAACUUCUAGGUUGUAUUUCUCUGACGCUCAUGAUGGUUAGCUUGAUUCCGGAGACCAAAGAGAUGGUGCCCUGCGAUUUCUGUAAUGACCAGAUUGCGGUUCUCUUCUGUAGGGCUGACUCGGCGAAGCUCUGUUUGUUCUGCGACCAGCAUGUGCACUCCGCGAACCUGCUUUCGCGGAAGCACUUGCGGUCUCAGAUCUGCGAUAACUGCGGUUCUGAGCCGGUUGCGGUUCGGUGCGUGACGGAUAAUUUGGUUCUGUGUCAGGAGUGUGAUUGGGAUGCGCACGCGAGCUUUUCUGUGUCUUCCGCACAUGAGCGGACUCCGGUUGAGGGGUUCUCCGGAUGUCCUUCGGUUCUGGAGCUGGCGUCUGCCUGGGGGUUUGAUUUGGAGGGUAAGAAGUUGGAGAGUCAAUCGUCGCCGUUGAUACAGAAUUGGAACGGGAGUCAGGAUUUCGUGAUGCCGGUGGAUUCGUGGAUUUAUAAAUCGAGUGGUCAAGAGAUGAUUGUUCCGUACCAGAAUGUGAACUGUGGAGAGAUAGUUAAGAAACGGAGCCCGAGCUGCGGAAAGUACAAACAGGCUAUAUACAACCAGCUGGUGGAAUUGAUGAAGACGGGUUUUAUCGGAGGCGAUGGCAGCGGAGGUCGUGGUUGUGGAGAAAAUGCGGAGGCCAAUGGUGGUAUUCUGACUCGACAAGAAGCGAUGCAGCAUCAGUUUCCGUACACGUCUUUGCUCAUGAUGCAGACGCAACAUAACAAUCGAAUCGUUGAUGGUGAUAUUUUGUGGAAUGGCAAUCAAACUGGGCCUGUGCAUACCCCUCAGAUAUGGGAUUUUCAUUCAGGACAGUUGAGGGGUCAUGAAGAAUCUAGCCGAUUAGAAGGUGCGUAUGGUGCAAGUGAUGAGGCAUUCAUAAUCGAGAAUUUCAGUGAAGUUAUGGAAGAUGCAUCUUUGACUAAUACUAAAAUGUUAGGAGAUGUUUUCCAGUUGAGCUGUCCUGGUCUGCAUGAAGAUUUUGCAUCAUCUAAUAAUAACUCAAAUAACCCAGUGGCCAGUCAGGGGCCAGCAACUUCUGAAAGCAAUAACUUACCAAUGGUAAUCACACCAUCAGGUUCAGUUUUUGGCAAGCUGAAUGGGUCUGGUAGCUCCAAGGAUAUCCAGUUCGUGGAAGAGUCUUUCCUUCUGAGAAGCGACCACACAAUACCAGAAGCACCAAGCAAGGCUGAUCUGGAGCUGCUAGCACAGAACAGAGGCAAUGCCAUGCAGCGUUACAAGGAGAAGAAGAAAACAAGAAGAUAUGAUAAACAUAUAAGGUAUGAAUCAAGGAAGGCAAGAGCUGAUACAAGGAAGCGAGUGAAGGGUCGAUUCGUUAAGGCUAGUGAAGCUCCUCGUAGUUGAAUCUGUACUGAGAUAAAAGCUCCCUGCUUCAGUCAUUCUGUUAUUGUAAAUAUUUCCCACUUUCCUCGGUAAAUGUAUAAUUUGGCAGUCUCUAUUUUCAUUUUAUCAUUUCCUCUCUAGUUUCAGCAAACUACAUCCUUCCCCAACAAAGAACUGGGAAAAAUGUUUGUCUGGAGAUGAGAGGUGUCUGUGCCUUUUUGUCAUGUUUGAGCUGGAUCUGGGGCAAGUAAGGUCCUUUAAAGACAGCUCAAUUGCAUUACUCAUUUUACGUGUACCAAGUAUAAAUUAUUCCACUUGCUCCCCUCCCUAAUCGUCUUCUUCUCCUCCUCUGUUCCUCUUGGUCUCUCCUAGAAACAGCUAGGGUAGUUCUCUCCUUUUGAAAGUGAGGCUUCAGUUCCUUAUGGCAACAACAAAAGUGUGGUCCCUGGCAGUGAGGGUUUGGUGAUCACUUAGUGUUUGGUCGUCUGCUGCAGUUUUCCUAUUGGUGUCUCCAAUGAACAAGCAUUAGAGAGGUAGAAAAAUGUGAGGUUUUUGCUUGGCACGGAGACACGCAUUGCAGGGAGGUCAUCUCGCAGAGUGGUUUUUCCUGCACCCGUGGGGCCUUUUUUUUUU